AAAACAAAAACAUUUUGCUAGCUCGUCCUCUCUCUAUCUCUGGCAAUCCCAUGGCCUGCUGCAGUGCUCGACCUCUCUCGCACAAAAUUUCACGUGAUGUCCAUAUGUAUAAUGCCGCCUUUACCAACCAAACACUCCGUUCCAGAACCAAUAUUACGUUUUGCUCGUCCUCUCUCUCCCUUUCUGGGCAUCCCAUGGCCUGCUGUCCUACUAACCCUCUCUCACACGCAACUCCUUUCGCCUUUACUUCCGUCGGGCCUCAUUUAGCUAAAACUCGCUUCAAAACAACUAAAUGUGUGUUAAACAGAUCAGCCUCUCGCUCUCUGUCGGCUACUACUCUAACCAGUAACCCCAUUACUACCACCACCUUCACUUGGGACGACGUGGUUCGUAUUUCUAAUCCGGGUUAUGCCCUGGACGAUUCCUCAGAUCUCUCUGGUUUCUUCGACAAGGUUAAAGUCUGCAAUCGCGGAGUAGAAAAGAAAUCCGAGUUCGUACCGUUUGUUAUAGAUGGUCAGAUUGUUGGUUACUUACAUAAUGGUUUCGUUGAGCAUCUGAGGAACUACCAGGACGUGUUUGUUUUGCCCCAGAGGAUAAAUGGCUCACAGAUAGGAAACCAUGUGACGUUGAAUCCAGAGCUUAAAACACCGGACGAUAGAACCAGAGCUGUUGGAGAAGUUAUCGGAUCCUUGGGAGAAGAUAUUAUUCCCGGUAUACGCAACGAGUUGUACCCUGUAACAUCAUCCUAUGGCGCAUCAGUAUUUUUCUCGCUUGAGCGUGCUGCAGCUCCUUAUUUUGGAAUUAAGGCUUAUGCCAUUCAUUUGAACGGCUUUGAGGAAAGAGACGGGCAACAAUUUCUAUGGACAGCGAAAAGAAGUCGAGUGAAACCCACGUAUCCAGGGAUGCUUGAUCAUCUUGUUGCUGGAGGACUGCCUCAUGGAAUUGCUUGUGGGGAGAAUCUUCUGAAGGAAUGCGAAGAGGAAGCAGGAAUACCAAGAUCAAUUUCCAGGCGAGCUAUACCAGUUGGUGGUGUUUCCUACAUGAACAUUGACGGGCAUCGAUACGAGAGAGAUGUUCUAUUUUGUUAUGAUUUGAAACUUCCUCAAGGCUUUAUGCCCAACAAUCAAGAUGAUGAGGUGGAGAGCUUCAAGUUAAUCCCAGUAACUCAUGUUGCUGAUAUUGUAAGAAGGACGAAUCUCUUCAAGCCGAGUUGCUGUCUUGUUAUCAUUGAUUUUCUGUUUCGACACGGGUACAUUAUCCCUGAACACUCGGGAUAUUUGGAUCUGUUACAGAGUUUAAGGAGUGGAGAGUGCUCAUAAACAUGCAUGUAUAUGUGCUCGGUCGCUAUUUUGUAAAGGAAAAUCCUUUUUGCAUUACUAGCCUUUGGCCUUAUUUGCUGUAAGCCAAUGAUGGCCGCAAUAAGUGGUCUUAAGUUGACCAAACUAGCCAGGACCCAGAGCUGUACUUGUACAUAGGGCAGUGCUGGGAGGCGCCGAUCGAUAACAGGGGCAGUGAGAGUUUAGUCUCUUCACAAAAUAAUAAAUAGUGUGAUUUGUUUGAA